AUGAUGCAAAGCUUGCUCUGGCGCAAUCUAUGGCCCUCUUCUAUUUUCAACGCCGAUGUUGGGCGAAGAUGGUAUGGGCUUAUACUGAUGGUGAUUGAGCACUCGUCACGAGAGAAGCGGGCCUAUGACAUAUUAUCCUGGUUGUUGAAGGAGCGAAUAAUCUGCAUCAAUAGCCCCAUCUCCGACGAUAUCGCUCAUAUCGUUGUUGCGCAGCUCCUCUUUCUCGAGUCGGAGAACUCCUCCAAACCUAUCCAUAUGUUCCUCAAUUCGCCAGGGGGCGCCAUCACUGCUGGCCCGCUUGAAGUGCCGGUAAUCUUCGAGGUAAUGUGCAGCCUGGUAGAGACCGAACAGCUCCCGGUCAGUCCCUGGCUGAUCCUGGUUGGUCCCGGACAACGCUCGGUCGAUCACGAAUCGCACCCGGUUUAUCCCGAACACGUCCUGAUGACUCCGCUUCAAGCUGAAAACGGAAAUUAA